AUUAUCAGAAGUUUACAGAGAUUUGUCAGCAAAAAGACUAUUUUCCAUUUUUCUUUUUAAAAUCGAUAUUAAAUGUCAGACUCAGAUGAAAUGGAAUUUACAAAAAGUCCCGCGAUUGUCAGAUUAUCUGAGGAAGACAUCAAGUCAAUUUCAGAGAAACUGAGACUUAAACUAACGCCAGAAGAAUCCAAAGCAACAUACGAAUUCUGUGGAGAUAUUUGCAAAGCUUAUCAAAGAGUGUUUGAACUCAUACCACCAACUCCUACCGUCAAAUACCCAAGGACACCCGGAAACAGGGAAACAAAGGAUGAUUCUUGGUAUUACAAGUGUGACAUAAUAGGAGCUGAUAAUGGAUUAUUGGCGGGAAAGACAAUUGCAAUCAAAGACAACGUGUGUGUGGCCGGAGUUCCUAUGAUGAAUGGAAGUAAAAUACUUGAAGGAUUCGUACCAGAUAGAGAUGCCACGAUUGUUACAAGAAUACUGGAUGCAGGAGGAAGAAUUACUGGAAAGGCUAUUUGUGAGGACUUGUGUUUUUCUGGCUAUGGCUCUACAUCGCCCUUAGGACCUGUUAAAAACCCUUAUGAUCCUACCAGAACAACAGGAGGAUCUAGCUCAGGAUGUGCUUCUCUAGUUGCCAGAAAUGUUGUUGAUAUGGCAAUUGGUGGGGAUCAGGGUGGAUCCAUUCGUAUACCGUCCAGUUGGUGCGGCAUUGUGGGACUUAAGCCGACCCACGGGUUGGUUCCCUAUACUGGGAUAAUGCCGAUAGAAAUCACUCUGGAUCACACUGGACCGAUGGCUAGGACCGUAGAGGACUGUGCUACUCUUUUACAGGUGACUGCUGGGUAUGACAAUGGCAACGAUCCAAGACAAUUCCCAAACAUACCGACUCAUCCCUAUUCAAAGUUGUGCAAUGAUGGAGUAAAUGGUAAGAAGGUAGCUCUUCUCAGGGAAGGUUUCGAAGAAGUAGAAGAAAAUUUGGCAACUAUCGUGAGGGAUGCUGCCUAUAAACUCAGGGAAGCUGGUGCAGAAGUGUACGAGGUGUCUCUCCCAAUCCAUAACGAUGGUUUAGCCAUCUGGACACCAGUUGCCUUUGAGGGAACAUACCAAACUAUGGUGAAAGGAAAUGGUCAUGGAUAUGGUUGGAAAGGAGCCUACGACCUCCCAUUACAAGAAAAGCUGGCAGGUGCUUUUAAUCUCCGUCCCUUUGAUUGUCCACUACCUGUUAAAAUCAUCAUGCUCUUUUCAGAGUAUAUACAGAAAGAGUAUCAAAACAAAUUUUACGCUAAGGGUCAGAACUUGGUCCAAUAUUUGACGAUGGAAUAUAACAGAAUUCUGAAGGAUUAUGACGUCAUGAUAAUGCCUACAUUGCCAGGGAUGCCAUCUAAACUCCCUACAACAGACACAUCAAUUGAAGAAACCCUGAAACGUCAAAAAUUGAUAAAGAAAAAUACAGCCCCAUUCAAUGCCACAGGCCACCCCGCUCUCACCAUAAACGCAGGCUUCAUUGAAGGACUACCUUGUGGAAUGAUGAUUGUGGGUAGAAUGUUUGAGGAAAGUACUGUUUUACAGGUCGCGAGAGCAUACGAGAAAAUUCGAGAUCGGACAUCUUAGUUCAUAGUUUAGUUUGACGAGGAUUGAAUACGAAAAAGCUGGAUUAGUAUAUUCUUUUCGUUGUUAUCAUUCACUACAAUAUAUUGAAUAUCAGUACAUGUAUAUAGUUUUCUUUUUAAAAAGAUCAUUUCUUAUUCAUUAAUAAUUCGAUUUUCUAAUCUCUAAAUACAGCAUGGGGAUUCUUAU